AUGACUUUUAAUGGAGUAAUAGAUAGGUACAAUGGAGUUACAGUCACUUCAAAAGAUGAACCCUGUGAUAAGAUUGAUUUUAAAGGCAAACUUGUGAGUUCCUUAACAAAAUGGGCAGAAGAAAAUAAAAGGUGUAUCUGGUUUAGAGUUAAUAUUACAGAUGCAGAGUGGGUUCCUAUUCUAGCAAAUGAGGGUUUCAACUUUCAUCAUGCUAGAAUUGACUUUGUUAUGAUGUUCAAAUGGCUCCCACAAGAUAGACCAGCAAAUUUACCUCCUACAUGUCAUACAAACUUGGGAGUGGGUGGUCUAGUGGUAAAUAACAAAAAUGAAAUACUGGUUGUAAUGGAGAAACAUUUUGAACAUCCACAUUGGAAAUUACCUGGGGGAUAUGUGGAGAGAGGUGAAGACAUAAAAGAUGCUGCAAUAAGAGAAGUAAAGGAGGAAACUGAUGUUGAUACCAUUUUUGAAUCUAUGGUCACCUUAAGACACACACAUAAUGCUAUGUUUGGGAAUUCUGACAUUUAUGUUAUCAUUUUGUUAAAAGCUACCUCAGAUAUAAUCACUAAAUCAGAAUUAGAAAUCAAAGCUUGUAAGUGGAUGAAUGUUGAUGAGUUUUUAAACCAUCCUGAUGUAAUUGAUUUUAACAAAUUUAUUGUGAGACAAGCAUUAGAUUUAAAGACAAGAAAGAUUAAAUUUGAACUUCUUAAGAGAACAUUGAAACUGAAAACAUUUGUGAGAGACAUUACAUGCCUUACAAUUGAAGAUGUUUAA